AUGCCUAUUGUUGUUUACGACGGUUUCAUGGAAAAGGAAAAUUAUUCAAAUGCCAGAAUUAUAAAUGAUUCUGAAAUUUCAACAUAUAAUAUCGUGAUUGGAAUUGUUGAUUUGAUUCAAGCUAUAUUUAUAUGUUCUGGAAAUGCUUUGACUAUAAUCGCGGUAUGGAAGACACCUGCAUUACGACGAAUUCCCAAUAUGUAUGUGGUAUGUUUGGCUGUAGCAGAUUUCCUCUCUGGUAUUAUAUUAUUUUAUGAGUUUUUAUUAAGAUUAACAUCAUUAAGACUAGAGAAGAAUGUUUUUUUAUGUUUAUCAGUGUAUGUGGGAUUAUAUAUUACGGUAUAUGAAUCUGUAUUGUGUAUGUUUCUGCUAACGUUCGACAGAUUUCUCUACAUCUGUCAUCCAUAUGAGUACGCCCGAUUUGUGACUGCUAGAUCAACUAAAAUAUCAAUCACUAUAUCAUGGAUAUUAGCAAUCGUUUAUGGAUUUAGUCCAAUGAUACUUUAUGCCGAUGCAACCACAGAGUGUACGUAUGGUGUUAUACCAAAAGAGUUCCAUUAUUAUGGGAAAGGAAUCGCAUUUUUCGUGCCAUUAGCGUUGUGCUUAGGACUACACAGCUAUAUCUUAAAAACUGCAGUUGAUCAACAGAGAAAGUUAAGAAAAAUGUUAAAUCUACCUUUAAGAUUGGAUAUGAAAAAACGGAGACCAGCGCUUACACCAUUUUCUAACUAUCUAAAAAUCAUGCGGAUGUUUUUAUUAGUGUAUUGUUUAUUUUUUAUAUGUUGGUGUCCAUGGGUUAUUAGUUCAAUAUUACGGGAAAAAUACCAUAUCAGUGACAAGGUACUGGAUAUCCUAGCUUUAAUCGGUAUGUGUAAUUCGGGGUUUAAUUUUGUAAUAUAUGUGCUUUUAAAUAAGGAGAUCAGAAAAACUAUACAAAGAAUGUUAUGCACAAAACCAUGUGCCACAAAUAAUGAACAAAGUCCAGUUUCUCGAAAUAGUGUCGAUCCCAAGUGA